AUGUUUAAAUUAAUAUUUUUAAUUCUUAUUUCUUCCGUAGCAAGUAUUAAUAAUAAAUGUGAUGAUAAUAUAUUCAUUUUAAUUUCGCCUAAAGUUAUUUUGUUAUAUAAUUUUGAUUCUCAAAAUGAUAAUUCGCCAAGUAUUAUCUAUCAAGCGAAAUCAAAUACAACGAUAGAAAAUGGUUUAUUUCAUAAACGAACAAAUACAAUUAUUUUAUUAAUAAAUGAAUUUAAUGAAACUUAUUCUAUUCUUUCAUUAAAUAUUCAUAAUAAUUUAUAUGAUUAUUGGAAAGAAAAACCUAAUGAUAUUAUAUAUUCAUCGUAUAUUUACUUAACUCUAGGUCAACAAUAUUUAUAUUUAUUAAAUUCUCAAACAAUGUUAUUACAAAUAUAUACAUUACGAUUAAAAAUAAUGAAACAUCAAGAAAUUAAUUUAUUAAAUUUACCAAUAGAUCAAAAAAUCGUGAAUUAUAUCGUCGAUGAAAAAUAUCAAUAUUUAUGGAUUUUAUUUGAAAAUAGUCCAUUUCAAUUAUAUAUAUGUCAAUUAAAAACAUUUUCUUGUUAUUUAUAUAUGAAUAUAUAUAAUUUAAAUAAACCAAUACAAUUCUAUAUUAAUUGGAAAUAUGAACAAUUCUAUCUUUAUUCAAAUAUGUCUCUAAUGAUAUUUAAUUAUAAUCAAAAUGGAACUAACUAUUCAAUACAAAAUGUGAAUUCUACACAACAAAAUUUCUUAACAAUAUGUGAAAAAACGAAUCAAAUCGAAUAUAUAUCUAUUAAUUAUACACAACAGCAACGACAAAUAUGUUAUCAAACAUGUCAAUAUUUACCAUUUAUAUCCAAUGAUACAACUCAUAUUCAUACAAUUCAACGAAUUUCAACAAUCUCGAAUAUUCUUCAUUGUUCAAAACAAAGACGACUUAGUCUUACUAUAAUGAUAAUUUUAAUUUUAAUUGAUUUACUAGUUAUCUUAUGUGUUAUUAUUUGGUUAGCCUAUAAAUAUUUUUAUCAAUCGAAAUUAAUUAAACAUACGAGUAGUGGAACUAUAUGCGCAGUUGAAAAAGAUUCUGUAACACAUUUUUAA